AUGUAUUUGGUGGCUGAGAACCAUAAUGCUCUUUUAAUUAAAAAUCAUGAAGCUCGUCCUACUGGAGCUGCUCCAUUACCGGAGGCAAAUGUGGUGAAAGCACAUGAUCAAUCUGAAGUAAAAAGAGAUGAUCAUCGGGGCUACAAUAAUGCACGGGGACGUGGCAAAGAUAAGAGGCGAUACACCAAUCGUCGAGGUGGUGGUCAUAAUAAAAGGGAGAACAACAUGAGCUCUCAAAAUAACCCCUCAAAAAGUAAUUGUCGUCAUUGUGGCAUGAAAGGCCAUUGGAAGAAUGAAUGUCGCACACAUGAGCAUUUUGUUAAGCUCUACCAAAAUUCCUUUAAAAGGAACGGAAAUAAAAGUGGUGCUUCCUCUUUCAAUGCUCGAGCUAAGUCACUUAUGAAUGUUAAAGAUGAUGUUAAUCCGGGAACAUCUCAUAAAUAUGAUAAGGAUAUUGGAGCAAAUUUGACUUUAAAGGAUGAUGUUUUUGAUGGUCUUGGUGACAUUUACUUAUAUGGAAGUUGA